AGUUACGGGUAUGGGUAUGGACAAAAACUUGGUGGAAGUUGGGAUUUAAUAUUCUCAAGUGGUAAUGGGACUACCAUAGGAAGACGUAGGGGAAGAAAAUCCAAAGAAUAUGGAAGCGAAGAAGAUGAGAAAACCAAAGAAAGACGACGCAAUGAGCGAAGAGAAAGGAUUAAGAAUGAUCCCUUUUACAUCGAAGUAAACGAAAAGGAGUCAUUAAAACGAACAAAUUCCAAUGGAUCUUCCAAUCGUAUUGCGGAAGAUAUUGAUAUUGAUUCUAUACCUAUUGUACACUUAAUAAUGAAUGAAUUUGAUUUUAAACGUAAUUAUAUUUUCAGUAAUAAAAAAUCAUCAAAACUCAAAAAGUCCAAAGGUUCUAAACAAGGGAAACAGCAAUCUUCAUCUUCACCCCCCACAUCACCUAUUAUAUACACCGACGUUGGUGAGAUGCCAGAGAAUGCUACUUUAUCAGAUGAAGAAAAAGAAAAAAAAUCUAUUGAAUUAAAUAAAUCGUGGGAUACUUUAUCAAAGAAAAAUGGAAUUUUGGACAUAGAUUUUUCUGGAAUAGCAAACGUAGAUUUGUCAACUCCACUAGGAGAUAAUGAAAAACUUCCACAGACAGCAAGUGAUAAAUCUAAGAGAGCUCUGAGAGAAAAAUCAAAUUCUAAAACCUCACCUAAGUCAAAAAAUGUAGAAAUCGAUGAGAAACCUUCAAAAGCGAAGAAAAUGAAAAAUACCGCGAUAUCUGAAAUAUCUGAAAUAUCUACUACAUCAACAAAAAUUAAUACAGAAGUUGGUGUCGUAGAGAUAUACGAUAAUAAAACACCAGCCAAGACAUUAGUUGAUUCGGACGAUAUUCAAAUAAUCUACACGCUGAGUUUAGGAUCUCUUACGGAAGUUAUAAACGAACCACCAACUAUAAUUGUAGAGUUCUCUCUUCAUAAUAAAAGUUCUCUUCGUUCUCCACUUUCUCAGAUAGCAUUUUCAUUUGAAUCAACAUCAGACAUUCAAUUUGAUAAUACAUUUAUAGAAAUAGAGGAUAUGUUAUAUUAUGAUGGAAAAAAGGACGUGAGCGUUAAAUUCAAAGUUCCGGGAAUAGUGGGAGUGGGUUUAAGUGUGUCUGGAAAUGUUUCAUACACAAUAAAGUCGGAUGAAGAAAUCAAAACAAAUAAUGAUAUUCCUAUCAGAUUUGAAUUACCUCUUCCGGUAUUUAUGUUAAAUGUGCCUCGCAUCACUUCAGAACAAUUUUCCACUUUAAUUUCUCAAACAUCAGAGUUUCCAUUCACUGGAUCAACUACCAUUCGUCUAAAUACAAGUAAUUCGAUUGAACAAGCUUUUCAGAAUGAAUUAAUAAGAUUAACAACAAUUGCUACCGGAACACAUAUUGUAGAACAAGUACCCGGAGCAAUAACAAUUUAUGGUAAGAGUGUUCAAGGGUAUCAAGUUGCAGGAUUGGCUAAAUUGACCGUUGAAGAUGAUUCCGGCAUUACUAAAAAGGCGAGCAUUAAGAUUGAUAUUAAAUGUACAGAUCAAGCAUUCGUGGAUGGGUUGAUAAGAGAAAUUGAACAAUUGUUUCGAGAAGAACUUUAA